UGCGACCUGUUUUUGUUUUGCUUUGCUGUAUGCGGGUUUGGUCUGGACGAGUCGAGUUCUUGUUUUGUUGUUCUGCUGUUCGGUUGGCACGUCGAUUUCAGCUUAAUGUUUCCCUAAAUUGUUCAAUUUUCUAGUUGUUCUGCUGUAUUCCAAAUGAGCUGCAUGGAUUCGGAAGGUGCGAAUAGUGAUGUAGGCAUCAAGGUUACCAACAUAUCAGAUAGUGAUGGCUACCUAUCCAAUCCAGAAAUGGAGAAUUUUGUGGAUCAGGAAUUCAUGAGAGCGAUCGGAGAAAACGAGGCAAAAGAGCGGGCGAUCGAAAUUCCACCAGAAACAAGAAGAGAAAGUGACAAUAAUUCACAUCCACAACUAGAUUCCACGUCUACGCCUGCUGUAAAUGUGUCAGGACAAAAUUCAUGCCCGUCUCCAGGUACAACUGGAAUGCCUGAAGUAUUGGUGCAGGCAGGAUGGAGAAUGUUUUGGAGCCAAAGAAAUCGAUAUUAUUUUUUCAAUAAAUUAACCAACCAAUCAUUGUGGGACAUGCCACAAAUUGCACAAGCGGGGAUGGCAGUUCCGAAAAGUCCAACUGGUGCUGCUCCAUUGAAUGAUCCUCUUGGUUUAUCUUCUGCAACAACAACAAAAACUGCUUCACCCGAUAAUAAAUCUCAACCUGUUUCUUUAAAGAGAAGAUCUAUUGAUGAAACAUGGAAUGGAGUAUCUCGUAACAAACAACCGAAGCUUGAAUGCUACUGGAACUUUGAUAUCAAUACUGACGUCAUGGUGAUGGAGAGUGCUCCAUGUAAUUUAGCUCCACCUAUACCCGAAGUGGAACAGUUUCGUGCAACUUUAACAAAUCAACUUCGUCAACAUUAUCAAGAUAUGUGUCAUUCACGAGAAGGUAUCGAUGCACCAAAUGAAUCAUUUAACAGAUGGAUAUUAGAAAGGAAAGUAUCAGACAGAGGAAGAGAUCCAAUGCUUCCUACUGAUUGUCCUGUGGAGGUAUCACCAUCGAUGUAUCGAGAAAUUAUGCAUGAUAUUCCAAUUCGAUUAUCAAGAAUUAAAUAUUUAUCUGAUGCCAGAAAACAACUGUUUUGUUAUGCAGAAGCUGCUAAGAAAAUGAUCGAAACUAGAAAUACAACAGCAGAAAGUAGGAAACAAGUGAAAUGGCAAACAGAAGAAACAUUUUCCUGGUUAAGAAAAGAACAGAAUGCAUUAUUGGAAGACUAUUUAGAUCGAUUGAGUCAUUUACGACGGCAGUGUGGACCCCACCUGGCACAAACGGCAAAGAACUCAGUCGAGGCAAUUUGUAUUAAAAUGUACCACAUGGCUCGAGAAUGCUCGAAGAAGAUAUUUGACAAAGCAACAUCAUUAUUACAAUUAAAUAAAAUAGAAAUUCCUGUGCAACCGAACCCAACUGCUCGUCUAGUACCAGCUGCUCCAACGAAAAUGAUCACCCCUACCCCACCAUUGACUGGGGUUACACAAGAAAGAGACAAGACCCAUGUUUCUUUAACCUAUAAAAGUGAAGUAAUGAGAAUAAACGGAAAAUUUAUGGAAAAACUGGAGCUAUUAUACAGGCACAGUUGUCAUGAUGAUCCGACGAUGUCAAAUUUUUUACCGAGGGUUUGGUGUUUACUAAGAAGAUACCAGACUAUGUUUGGGCCGAAUCAGUACGAAGGUAUCGUCUUGCAAGGAGCUCUACCUGUUCCAGUAUUCAAAUGUCUUCAUGAUAUCUUCGGAGUUACGAUGGAAUGUUUUGCCUCACCUUUGAACUGUUAUUUUAAACAUUAUUGUUCGGCGUUCACAGAUACAGACUCCUAUUUUGGUUCGAGCGGACCGGUUUUGCAAUUUUUUCCGGUCAGCGGAUCAUUUGAAGCUAAUGCACCAUUUGCUGAAGAACUUAUGGAAUCAAUGGUCGAUCAUUUUGAUAAACUUUUAGCGCAAACAGACAAACCUCUUUCAUUUAUUGUUUUUGUUCCAGAGUGGAGAGAUCCCACUCCUGUUGCCACAUUGCACAUGGAAAAUAGUAGAUUCAAACGAAAACAAGUUCUUAUUCCUGCGUUCGAACACGAAUAUAGAAGUGGAUUGCAACAUGUAGCUCCUGUGAAUGAAGUAUAUCAUAAAUCGGUACAUGGGACUCUACUUUUCUUUCUACAAAACGAUGCUGGGUUCGAAAAGUGGGGACCGACGCCCGCGAGAUUACGUGAAUUACUUUCGUCUUUUCAACCAGAAAAUCGAACAUGUUCUGAAAAUUUGCUUCUUUAAUAAUAAAAAAUUUUGAUGAUUUUAUUGCGAAAUAUUUUAAUAUGAAAAGUUUUUUUUAUAAAUUUAGACCAUAAUUGAAAGAUUUAAAUUUGUGGAAACAAGAUACAUAUUUAGUAAUUCACUAUAUUCAAAAUGGGAACCAAUAAACGAUAGAAUAAUGACUAUGAAUAUCAAAUUUUCAUUGCAACAAUGCUUAUAGGAGUGCAUUAUAUUUUUUACGUUUUCAAUUUCAAAUGUACGCUUGCUUUUUAUAUUUUAACCUUAUUUUUGUUCAUUUUUUUUUUUCGUGUGACAUUCAUUUUAUCAACUCUGCCAUUCUUUUCAACCCUUUUUUUUUAUCUAUACUCUUAUUUUUUGAAGGUUUUCAAUUGAAUCCACUUUGACUUUGCUGCUUGUAUGUAGUAUAAUUAGCGCCAACCCAUAAUCUAAGAUAGCAUUGUAUUACACUACGCCACACCGCCAUGAUUGUUUUUUAAAGUCAUGUUUGAUUUAUAUAUUUUGACACAAAUAAACCUUGCGCUACAGAUACGUAUAAAAAUCUCCAUUUUUUUUUUUCAGUGACAUUUUAUUGAAAAUAAUGUGAAUGAAUUAAAUAGAAUAGUCAUUUCCACUCUUGCUAUAGCAUCCUUGCGUUAUACGCAUACGGAUCCACCUGCACAAAGGCAUAGAGAGCAAGGAACGGUAGUUAGUUUCACGUCACCCCAACUGUUAGUUAAACUGAAAUUGUUUACUUCAUUCAUAAUUUGUAGAUUGUUUUGUCUGAAGAAGUUAUGCUAUUAUCUAACGAAAGGUUUCUUGAUAUAAGAUUAUGGUAUUCUUGUAAUGUUAAUUUAGCUUUGUUUCCAUGAUGCCCAAUGAAUUGGUGCAUUAUGGGUUUUCAACUGAUGAUUGCCGAACUAAACUUAUGACAGACACUUUGUUUUGCUUUCUUUGAAAUCCAUGUCUCAGUUCCACAGUAUGACAUAAUUUGCAUUCGCUAGAAAAUUCUUAUAUAAUUAUU